GUCGCCGUCGUUCUCCUCUACAUCUCUUUUCUUCCUUUCUGGCCUCAUAUUUGGAAAGAGAAAAACAAUAUGCUUGGACCGGGUAAGAGGUCCGUACUCGCGCGUUCGCGAUGCUUGGCACGUCCGCUACCGGCCGCUACCAGAUUUCAGCCUCAACUACUUCUGGCGAGAGACUAUUCAGGUCCAGAGAGAGCUGUCGCCGGGCCGCGAUUUAUGCCAAUGCGUGUCAAAAUCCCCUGGAUUGACGCACUGGAGCGAAGCAGGCAAGAGGCCAAGACCGGACAGCCGUCUGCUGCAAGGGCCAAGCCGGAUCUAACCCCCAAGAAGAUGUCAGAUACUUACUAUAGCGAGAUUUUGCCAUUGGCUCAGGAUAAAUGGUUGCUAGACACUUACCUCAAUGCAACAGGACAUAUUAGAUUGGGUGCAUUGUUGAUGGAUCUCGAUGCUCUUGCUGGAGUCGUUGCUUAUAGACUCACUGGAGACUCGGUUGCAACUGUUACCGCUGCCGUGGACCGGAUCACGAUUGAACAUCCGCUGAUGGAAAUAUGUGAUCUCGAGCUCAGCGGGCAAGUCACUUAUGCCACCGGCAGAUCGAGUAUGGAGAUUUCUCUCCAGGUAGCCAAAGCUCCUCCCGAAGGACAAAAGGCCAAGCCAGAGGAUGUGUUGAUCACUUGCGCCUUUACCAUGGUGUCGCUCGAUCCCGUCACGAAAAAACCCGUUUCUGUUGCACCGCUGCUGGUGGAAACUGAAGAGGAACGGCGUCUUUUCAAGAAGGGCGAGGAGAAUUAUUUGGCGAAGAAGGCCCUGCGGAAGAGAGAUCUCCUCGAACAGGCACCUGAUAUUGAAGAGAGCAAUCUUAUCCAUUCCAUGUGGAUGAAACAGAUGUCGUAUAAAAAUCCCGAUUCACCGAUUGUGAGACCUUCGAACGCGGUAUAUAUGAGCGAUACGGUGCUCAAAUCUGCGAUGAUCAUGCAGCCGCAGUAUCGCAACCGACACAACUUCAUGAUCUUCGGCGGCUUCCUCCUCAAGCAGACCUUCGAGCUUGCAUUCUGCUGUGCCGCUUCGUUUGCCCAUGCACGCCCCAAUUUCAUUUCCUUGGAUCCCAGCACCUUUGAGAAUCCCGUCCCUGUGGGCAGUGUACUGUACCUGCGGGCCACGGUCUCCUACACGGAGCCACAGGAACACGACGGUUCAGAUAAGAAGUACACCAAGGUUCAGGUCCGUGUUGACUCCAAGGUCCGGGACGUAGAACACGGUACUCGUAGGUCGACGGGCAUGUUCAAUUAUACCUUCUUGGUCGAGAAGGAUAUCCAGGUCCUUCCAAAGACAUACACCGAAUUCAUCCUCUGGACAGAUGCCAAGAGACGCGCGCAAACUGCCGCAGUCGCUACUGGAAUAAAGCGUCCCAUUGCUCUGAGGACUAUCCGGGAGAGUGUUACUGAGUAAACUCGGACGUUGAGAUUUCGGAUUAUUCCAAUAUUUACAUUGAACGUUCUGUUAUUGGCCUUUUUUGUACAGGCCGGGGAAGUCAGGAUAGGUUCCUGAGUGUUUUAAUGUGUCCUGCAGAGAUCAUAUAUUCUGUUAUUUGUAUAAUGCCACAAUAGACUUCAGAUAGACUUCCUUUGCAGUUUUCCAAUUACGAAACAUAUCAUAUCCGCA